AGUGACUCAGGACAGGCGGAUGACUCUGUGGAUUCACUCAUGCAUGGUCUCACAGUGUGACGGCCCAGACGUGGGUGGAAAGUGGCUCCAGCUCCGUUUAACGGAACACCUCCGACUUCAGAAAACUGUCAACAAACAAAGAGCAACUUUAUCACUAUUAUCACUGUUACGCGCGACUGUUUUCCAGAACAGAGCAGAGCAACCCGGAGGAUCUGGUUCAUGUGCGCUUGGAAGCGACCAACCAAAAAAAAAAAAAAAGAAAAUAGUUGAUGAAAUUUUCAAAGAAAUAAUUCUUGAGGGAGGCUCUCAGCUGGAGGUCCCAUCGCUUCCCAACCAUGGCACCGCUGACAGCUGAUGGAUGUGAUCUUAUGUAACUUUGGCAUCUUCAAAGGUGUCAGAUUGUGAACCUUAUAGUCGAUGGAUUUAUCACCUUUAAUUCACCAGUUUCUCACCUGUACUUUCUCUGUAGGCUAGAAACGUGGAAGCAUGGGCGACUGGAGUUUUCUGGGGCGGCUGCUGGAGAAUGCUCAGGAGCACUCAACCGUCAUCGGCAAAGUCUGGCUGACCGUCCUCUUCAUCUUCAGGAUCCUGGUGCUCGGCGCCGCGGCUGAAGAGGUCUGGGGCGACGAGCAGUCCGACUUCACCUGUAACACCCAGCAGCCCGGUUGCGAGAACGUCUGCUACGACGAGGCGUUCCCCAUCUCCCACAUCCGCUUCUGGGUGCUGCAGAUCAUCUUUGUGUCCACACCGACCCUCAUCUACCUGGGCCACGUGCUGCACAUCGUCCGCAUGGAGGAGAAGCGUAAAGAGAAGGAGGAGGAGAUGCGCAAAGCCAACAGGUUACAGGAGGAGAAGGAACUCCUUUAUAGAAACGGUGGUGAUGCUGGAGGUGGGGGGAAGAAGGAGAAGCUACCCAUCAGAGACGAGCAUGGCAAAAUCCGCAUCAGGGGUGCGCUGCUGCGCACUUACGUGUUCAACAUUAUUUUCAAGACCCUGUUUGAAGUGGGUUUCAUUUUGGGCCAGUAUUUCCUGUAUGGCUUCAAGCUGAGGCCCCUGUACAAAUGUUCACGUUGGCCGUGCCCCAACACUGUUGACUGCUUCAUAUCGAGGCCCACUGAAAAGACAAUUUUUAUCAUAUUUUUGCUUGUGGUGGCUUGCGUGUCUCUUUUGCUGAAUUUGUUAGAGAUCUAUCACCUCGGAUGGAAGAAACUCAAACAGGGCAUGACCAACGAGUUCGCCCCUGAUAGCAAGUCUCUGCAGCGAGCCGGCGCUGAAGAGCCUCCGUGUUUGGCCUCGGCCUCCAGAACUGCCCCAUCCGGCUACACUCCCAACUACAUUGAGGUGACGGCGGGCAGCGGGGCGUUUCUGCCGCCUAUUAGGCCAGCAACCAUGGCUUCAACAGCGGAGUACAAGAUGGAUGACCUCCAGCGAGAGGACUCCCUUCAGCAGUCUUCUUCACCUUCUCAAUACUACAUCAGCAACAACAACAACCACCGGCUGGCCACACAGCAGAACUGGGCCAACCUGGCCACUGAGCAGCAGACUCGGGAGAUGGGUUCCCCUUCGCCAUCCUCAUCUUCUUCUGCCAACGAGAGCGAACAGAAGAUGCCGCCUGGUGCUGCUCUGCUUCUUUCCAGCAACAACAGCAACGGCAACACCACCGACGGCAGAUGCCCAGGUACCGCCUCUUACGCAGACAGCGGCGGGGGAGACAGAAACGCACAGGAAGAGGUCCGCAACACGACCACCACGGUGGAGAUGCACGAGCCACCGCUUAUGGUCAGCAUAGACCCUCGGCGGCUCAGCCGUGCGAGCAAGAGCAGCAACGUCAGGGCGAGGCCAAAUGAUCUGGCUGUCUAAAACCUUUUAAAAGCUUUUAAACCAAGGGGACCGAGGGAGUAUUUGGUCAGGUAUCAUUGCCCUCAGCCACAACCUUUUAGAGCAAUCGGUGAGUUGUAGAGCUGCUGAUGUAAAAGGUUGGUUAAUUUUUUAGGUCCGUACAUAGAAAAUUAAUCACACAAUUCGACAAAGAGAGGAAGUUAAAAUUUCAUGUCAUGAAAGACAAUUUUUCCCAACCGUUUUGGUUUGGUGAGACACGUCAUGGUGUUUCUUUAGAUUUUCUUUUAGCCUAGAUUACAUAUUUUUCCUCAUAUAAGAUAUAAAAUGGUAGCAUACUGACAAGGCACAGACCAGUAUGAGAUUCCUUUAUGAGAUAGUCCUCUGUGUUCAUGUUUUCUAUCGGUUUGUCGACCUGCUCAGAUCUGCUGCUCGACAGAUUUGCCUUUGCUGUCGUUUUAGAACGAGAGGGAAGGGUGUUGCUACUUUGGUUUCUACACCAUUACCAUCUAAGUUUUAAGAAACUGGAAAUACUUUUUUUCAGCCAGUUGUCCAGCGGCGUGCAGCAAAGAACUGCGUUAGUUUUGUACAGCAACAGUCACUCUUGCACUUUCCCUAGGAUAUUAUUAAAAUGACCUUAAAUCCUAGGAACGGUGACACGAAAAGCACCGAUACCAUCAGGGUUUUUUAAUCUCACCGUUUUUUAACCGGCUUAACGCUCCAACAUGUGACAUGUGUUGCAGUUUUGGUCCGAUUGAUUUCUUAUUUUAAGGUAUUUUAUAGAAAUGACCCUUAAAUUAAUCUUUUUAACAAUAGAUGACAGUCCUAUAACUCACCGAUUCACUGGCUUUUGUUUCACCCUAAAUCCAUGAUUUUCCAUGAUGUUAUGCCGAUGUCUGACAAAUUAUGCUGUAAAAAGGAUGAGAGAGAAAAAAAUGUAGGUACCUGCCAAAGAAAUGUUGCACAAAGGUGUUGCAUGCCAAAAAAAAUAAAACCUUCACAAUGAAAAGCAGAUAUAAGGGCAGCCAACAAAAUGAAGAUAAAAAUGUCCUCCUUGUUUAAAAUAUAGUGUUCUGGUAAAGGUAUUCCACACACCCACAAUUACCUUUUUAUUACACCUGAGCGACAAUAGAACCUUUGGAAGCGCCAAGAUUUUUAUUGUUCAAGAAUUAAUAUGCUUCUUUAUUGAUUUUUAUUCUGAAAAGUGCUAUUUUUUUAAGAAGCUGAUUUGAACUUUACUCAUUAACUGUGCCACCUGUAGUAGUCAGUUUUUGA